GUGAAACCCCAGCAUUAGGCUAAACAACAUGCAUAUUAAUGAUUAUCUAACGAAACUUUAGCUGUCAGUGUGCCAGUGGAGCAGCGAGGCUAAGCUAAGCUAAGCUAGCUUGAGACGCAGCGGGGUUGAACUAUGUGGAGGCUCCCGGUGAGGUCGCUGGAAGCAAAGGUCCUCGGCGGGGUUUUGAACACGUUCAGAGCAAAUGGAACCUGCUGCGGCGUUUCGGGGAAGAAAUGGGUGAAACCGAGCGGGUUUGACACCGGUUUAAAGACUUUCAACAGCCUGACGAAACAGAAAGAGCCUCUGAUUCUGGCUAGAGAGGGGGUCGCUACCUGGUACAGCUGUGGACCCACCGUGUACGACCACGCUCACCUGGGUCAUGCAUGCUCCUAUGUGAGGUUUGACAUCCUGCAGAGGAUCCUGUCCAGCUUCUUUGGAGUCACUGUCAUCCACGCCAUGGUCAUCACUGACAUAGAUGACAAGAUUAUCAAAAGAAGCUGGGAGGAGAAUAUUUCUCCAGCCGUCGUAGCCAGAAUGUAUGAGGAUGAUUUCAAGAAGGACAUGCUGGCAUUAAAGGUGAUUCCUCCUGCAGUGUAUUUAAGAGUCACUGAGAAUGUGCAUCAUAUUGUUGCGUUUAUUGAGGGGAUCAUCAAAAAUGGACACGCUUAUGCCACAAAAGAAGGUGAUGUGUAUUUUGACAUCCAGUCCAUUGGUGACCGUUAUGGAAAGUUUGUGGGAGCUGUGGAGUCUCAGGGAGAAGCUGGCAGCUCAAGUAAACGAGACCCGAGGGAUUUCGCUCUGUGGAAGCAGUCUAAACCUCGGGAACCGUACUGGGAGUCUCCGUGGGGCAGAGGAAGACCAGGCUGGCACAUUGAAUGCUCGACCGUCGCGAGCUGUGUGUUCGGGAGUCAGCUGGACAUUCACUCAGGAGGUAUUGACUUGGCCUUCCCUCACCACGAGAAUGAGAUUGCUCAGAGUGAAGCUUAUCAUCAGUGUGGACAGUGGGCAAACUACUUCCUCCACUCAGGGCACUUACAUCUAAAAGGCAGUGCAGAGAAAAUGUCUAAAUCUUUAAAGAACUAUAUUACGAUCAAGGAUUUUCUGGAGUCUUACUCUGCCAAUGAAUUCCGGAUGUUCUGUCUUUUGACCAAAUACAGAUCAGCUAUAGACUACAGUGACAACAGCAUGUCGGAGGCUCAGAGCUCUCUGGGAACCAUCUCCACCUUCAUCCACGACGCUCAGGCCUACAUGAAGGGUCAGCUACAGUGUUCACCAGUGCAGGAGGAUUUUCUCUGGGAGAGGUUGGCUGAGACUAAAUCCACUGUGCUGAAAGCUCUGGCAGAUGACUUUGACACACCGAGAGCCGUCAGCGCUCUGAUGAAUCUGGUUUAUCACGGAAACUGCCAACUGCACCCUGUUUCUACGUCUGAUGGAGGAGCCCGGAGCCCUGCUGUGUUUGGAGCCAUCACCACCUACAUCAGAGAGAUCCUGGAUGUGUUUGGGAUCGAUCUGCUGCACAGUAAGGAGGCCGAUGUCCUGAGCAGCGGUGGGAGCCUGCAGGCCGUCGUGGAACAGCUGACACAUUUCAGAAGUGAAGUUCGAGCGUUCGCACUCACUCAUCAGGAUGAUUCAACCACUGGAUCCCCCAAGAAACCUGGACUUUACCCAGACAGAAUCCCCCUCCUCAAAGCCUGCGACACCCUCAGAAAUGACCUGGCACCCUUAGGCGUGCUGAUAAAGGACAGAGGAGCCACCUCCACGUGGGAGAUAAAAGUGAGUCAGAGAGGACAGAGGGUCCAGGAUAAAGGCCAGGAGACGUCCAGCUGAGAUACAUCCUACCUCUGAAACUGACCAUUUAUUUUAGGCCUGUGGACUCAACCGAGAGACUUGAAAAUAAAAACCAUCCUGAUUUCAUAACAACAGGA